GUGCAGGUAUCAUCUGUCCGCUUAAUCACACAUCGUCGAAAGGCACAUACAUAAUAGAUUGCUGACAAUUUUGACACAAUAUUGCUAUCGGAUUGUUUUUAUAUUUCAUGAACGCAGAACAAACGAACUAAUUUCAUCGCAUGAUUAAAAAUACAUGCGUCCGAACUUUUCGCGAGUGAAAGAAAACUGUUAAGUGUUAGUUGCUAGAAACAAGACAUUCUAUAGGAUCUAUUUACGGGUAUUCGAAUAUGACAAUUUUGACAUAAUCGGACGUUGAUUACCUUUUUGAAACCCACAAUAAAGGAGUCGGGCAAUUUUGUUGCAGUUAAGAUCGAGUUAACCUGUCAAAACCCGGAAGUUAUGACAUGAUACUGUGCGGACGUUUAAUGAUAACGUACUCGUGUUAAGUAAUCAUAGCAAAUUACCACAGGCAAUUUAUUGGCUUUUGUUUUUAUAAAAUACGUUCGUUAUAUAAAAUUGAGACACAAAUUCGAGGAAGAUAAACGACUGCAUAGACUAUUGCGUGCGGAUCAAAUCGAAUAAAGUGGGUGUUAGUUAUUUCAUCAUAAUUGCAGAAAGAAUUGUGUGUAUUUUCGAAAUAGUCAUGGCGAAUGUGCAAAAAGGACGAAGGUAUCGAUCCAAAUCUGCGCUAGUUACGCCCAGCGUUUCACCGACAUUAGAAUUCAAAUUCCAAAACCGACUGUCCUUAGACGGAGAAGUCAAUCGGAAAAGCUUCUCACUGGGUAGCGAGAUAAUGAGUGUGUCACGUGACAAAGUCGCCGAUUGGUUGCCCGAGUCCGUGUUGAAGCGAACCGGGGAGUUACAGUGUUUGAUCAUUCCAACUGCGGAUUUAUUACAUAAUUUGUUUCAAGAUAAUAAUCAAGAACAUUUUUCAAGGAAUGUUUGUUUAGAUGUGAACACUUUCAAUGGAAAACGGCAUGUGCCCAAGUCUGGUGACCCAAAUCGGGUGUCCGGAAAUAAAAUGAAACCGAAUUGUACGCAGAAAAUGGAUAAAGUUGAAAAGAUGGCUAAUGCUGGCCCAUGUGUUUCGCCUGUACAUUCUGAAAGCAGGAAAAUGGUAAGGUCAAGCACUGUGUAUGGCGUGAGCACAUGCACGACGUCGCGCGUUGAUAUCGUGGACAGCGUUCAGUUGGGGAGAUGUGUGUCACUCUAUGAGAGGAAGCGAACGCCUCACUCCUGCAGCGUUCAUUCUGCCGACGAUGGUCACGAAACCCUCCGUAGACACAGCCGAAGCCACACGGAAAGGCCGCAUACCCCAAAGCGACCGAUAAGCGUCGCAUCUAACAAAGCCGCAAGUUUGCGACGGUCCCUGUCAAGCGCUUCGAGUGGCGACUGCGCCGGGUCAGGUAUCACCUUCUUAAGCAAAUUCUCUGAAAGUGACGUGACCGUGACGUCUACACAAGUCGACUCACGCAGCCACAAAAGGCCCGGCGACUUAAAUGAAAAGCCGUCGCGCGCUUCCCUCAUCCCGAGGCCCGUUUCGCAGAAGAAAACCUCACCGAGAUCGCGUUCAAGCACAAUAAGCGAACCGGUAACUGUAUCUGUCGUCUCUCUAUUGAGUGGGAAAGCAUUGAAACAGGCAUGGGACGGAAAUGGCCACCGUAUAAGUUCGCCGUCAUCAUCAGUGUCUGUUCCGACAACACCCCUGACAUUCGCGGACAAACUCUCAUUUUCUGAUCAGACUAAUCGCAGCAGUUCUUGUGAAAGCUUGAAUGGAAUUUUUAAUAAUAUGCGCGUGGUUCCAGAAGAUGAAGACGGUUACCCGGAAGUCCGGCCCUCCAGCAAGCAGAAGAGCGACGUGUUCGUAGCCAAGGAUCAUGUGCGCGUUGACGAGCAUGCGAUGAGCGCUCCUGAUUCGCUUCAAGAUGAUUUCGACAGUCUGGUAGAAUACUUAGUGCAGGACCUAACAGCGACCGUCUCCAUGGUUAGAUCAAUCUACAUAUGGGUGACGACACAAAGGCUUCCCAUGACGUCAUCAGUCGGGUUCACUCAGACGGAUACACCACGCGGGUUCCUGUUCAAUAUCAGGGAGAAAAAAGCAACGUACCAAGAAUUGUUUGCAGUAUUGUGCAGGCGAUCCCACAUACCGUGCGUGAUUGUUCACGGGGUCGCAAAGAGCAUCUGCUACGAUGCAGGCGCCAAGGUCUCGUUCAAGAAGGGAAAAAACUCCUGGAACGCCGUCCUUAUAGACGGUGAGUGGCGCCUGGUGCACCCGUACUGGGGAGCAAGCAGCGCGCCUGGGUACUGCACCGGAAGAUGGGGCGAAGUGGGUAGUAGCAGUGAGAGGGACGCGAACGACAAUGCUCAAUCCAGAUUCGCGCUCUCUCGCAUUAGAAAUGAGUUUUAUUUCUUGACCGACCCUGAUAUGUUCAUCACCAAGUGUUUCCCGGAGAACCCAUCAUGGCAGUUGCUGAGUAAACCUCUGUCGAAGAUUGAGUUUGAAGAUCUUCCGUUUUACCAACCGGCCUUCUAUGAGCUAAAGCUGAAGGAACGGCUUCACGAAAACUGUGUCGUUCAUACUAGCGAUGGCGAAUGCAACUUUGAGUUUACACUGCCAGUUGACCGUGCGCAGCGAUACAAAUUGUCGUACACACUGCAUGCCAGACGGGCAUUGGACGCGGAAGGGGAGUAUGACGUCACGCCGCUGGAAGGCUACUCAUUCCGCUAUAGAUACGAGCACACCGAAUAUCUCCAGUUUCGCUUUCCGUACAUAGGAGUGUUUAAAUUGAACGUCUUUUGUAAAGACUCAAAAUGUUCUCUACCGUCGGAUUGGGUCGUUGAGUACAAAAUCGUAUGCUCAAAGACGAACCCGAACUGUCGGCCGUACCCCAUAACUCCUGCUAUUGGCUGGGGACCAAACGCUGAGUUGGACGCGGUCGGCAUGCAUAGUUUCUCCCACAAAAACGCUUUGGUAAGCCUGGAUGAAGAACCAGUCACGUUUGUCCGUUUCGCUCUACCGAGAGACCAAGAGAUUGACAUCGAGGCUGAUCUUGUUACGAACGGGAUGUCUCGAGACGAAAUGAAAAGUCACGUGACACUCGAAACAGAGGGCGGCUACGCUGUGAUCAAGGUGGCGCCUCCAGGUGAGGGGGAAUAUGCGCUUCAGGUGUUCGUAAAUGAUGGAUCGGAACGAAAGAACGUCUGCAAUUAUCUCAUGCGUCGUACGAAACUAGUUGAGGACCCGGAGCUGGCGGACAUCCGGUCUCAGCUGCAGAGGGCGGUUGAGAGCGGCGACGCUGAGGCCCUGGCGCAUUGGAUCAGCAAGUUCAGCGAACGCGACAUGGAGGACCGGGGAGACCUCGCGCUUUCCCGGAAGAAGCUUCAUUUCGCUAAGUUAAACAGAGAUCUGGAGGAAGCAAUCGCCCGGAAGGACCUUGAUCUUCUAGAGAAGGCUCUUCAAAGCGCCAGUGGAACCUCACUUCGACGCCAGCUCGGCGACCUUGCGGUCAGGGCAGAAGCGAUGCGGUCCAGGCUCCGCCGGUUUAAAAGGCUCAGACACGAGGUCCUUGCUAUGAAUCAAAAGACGAUAUCCGAAAUACGGAGCUAUCCGAAACCGCCUGACGCAGUGCACGCAGUAAUGGCUGCCAGUUUUCUGUUACUGGGUAACCAAGAGCAAGAAUUAAGGAAAUGGUCGAAGAUUCAGAGCCUAAUUUCGAAGCGUGGAAAAGACUCUCUCAAGCGACGUGUUGCCGACUUCAAAACAGACAGCGUUCAGCCAGAAGUCCUUAAGCGAGUAAAUGAGAUUCUCGCCAAGUAUGACCUUGAAACCGUCCAAGUGGCGAGCGUUGGUGCCGCUACGUUCUUUCAGUGGGCAUUUACAAUGGCUGCUGAGAUGGACGAAAAGGAUCUUUGAAUUUGUAUUUGUCCAGCGCUCUAGAAAAUAGGCGUAAUGCAUGCGUGUAUUGUUUUUCAAGAUUACCCUGUGCAUUCCACAAAGGCUAAUCAGGUACGACACUCUCCGCUGUAUGGAUUUUUAUUUGUAUGAAGAAAAUUGCUCCUAAACGAAAACUCAGUCGAGGCGGAAAGUGUCGUCCAAUAUUAGCACCAGCGGGCUUCAUACGCUUGUCUUGGACGCAACUUUACGCACAUGCAUUUGGCCCAGUUUCCCAAGAACGCUGUUCAUUUAUGUGCAUUCACUUGACUAUGAUUUGAAAUAAAUGUAAGUAAACGAGGCAUAGAUAAUAACAAAACUUUGGAACGUAAAGGCAAUAAAAUAAAUAAUGUAUUUAAUGACAAGUGUUUAAUUGCGCUGGCAGUGUUUUCCAUGGGCGAUGGUGUUUGUUUCGAUUGUUUUUAUUUUAAUUGUAGAAAUACAGCUAUACAUGCGAAAUAACUGUUGUAAUA